AAGUCACACAAAAAAAAAAAAUACAUUUCUUUGUUACUCACUUUUCCAAAGUGAAAGAAAAACAGACGACAAAUUGUUUAAGUGAACGGUUUGGCUGCCGUCGAAAUUCAGGAUAAAAACUUCUCUAGUCAAUUCUUUAUUGUUGAUAAUGGAUGAUCGGAAUAGUGAAGUAGCUCUGGAUGGUCCCGCUGGCAUGGACCCCGAGGGUGUCAUCGAGUCGACCUGGCACGAGGUCUACGACAAUUUCGAUGACAUGAAUUUGCGCGAGGAGCUGCUGCGCGGCAUCUAUGGCUAUGGUUUCGAGAAGCCGUCGGCCAUCCAACAGCGCGCCAUCAUUCCGUGCGUCAAGGGUCGCGAUGUCAUUGCCCAGGCUCAGUCCGGUACCGGCAAGACUGCCACCUUUUCGAUUGCCAUUCUUCAGCAAAUCGACACGGCAGUGCGUGAGUGCCAGGCUUUGAUCUUGGCCCCCACUCGUGAGUUGGCCACGCAGAUCCAGCGCGUAGUGAUGGCUCUGGGCGAGUACAUGAAGGUGCAUUCGCAUGCUUGCAUCGGUGGAACCAAUGUGCGCGAGGAUGCCCGCAUUCUGGAGUCCGGCUGCCAUGUGGUGGUGGGAACACCCGGUCGUGUGUACGACAUGAUCAACCGCAAGGUGCUGCGCACUCAGAACAUCAAGCUGUUCGUGCUCGAUGAGGCCGAUGAGAUGUUGUCUCGCGGUUUCAAGGACCAGAUCCAGGACGUGUUCAAGAUGCUGCCUCCAGAUGUGCAGGUGAUCUUGCUGUCUGCCACCAUGCCGACAGAUGUGCUCGAGGUGAGCCGUUGCUUUAUGCGCGAGCCCGUCAGCAUUCUGGUCAAGAAGGAGGAGCUGACCCUCGAGGGUAUCAAGCAGUUCUACGUGAAUGUCAAACAGGAGAACUGGAAACUGGGCACACUGUGCGAUCUGUACGAUACGCUGUCCAUCACCCAGUCGGUAAUCUUCUGCAAUACGCGUCGCAAGGUCGAUCAGCUUACCCAGGAUAUGUCCAACCACAACUUCACCGUGUCGGCCAUGCACGGUGACAUGGAGCAGCGUGACCGUGAGGUCAUCAUGAAACAAUUCCGUUCGGGCUCGUCCCGUGUCCUGAUCACCACUGAUUUGUUGGCGCGUGGUAUUGAUGUGCAGCAGGUGUCGCUGGUCAUCAACUAUGACCUGCCCUCGAACCGCGAGAACUAUAUUCAUAGAAUCGGCCGCGGUGGUCGUUUCGGUCGCAAGGGUGUUGCGAUCAACUUCAUUACGGAUGAUGAUCGACGAAUCCUUAAGGAUAUUGAACAGUUCUAUCACACAACAAUUGAGGAAAUGCCUGCUAAUAUUGCCGAUUUGAUUUAAAAUAGUUUCUGUUGAGCCACGACGAAACAACAAAACGCGAGAGAUAAAUCGAGAGAAUCCUAAAUAAAAUAAAAACAAAAAGUGAGUGAGCAAAAACAGCGAGAAUAAAAUCGAAGAUCCAAGCGCAUAAAUCUAUUCAACUCAAUAUUCAAAGAGAACUUCAAGCUAAAUAUUUAUCCAAAACAUCAAUCCAAAAAAAAGGGCAGCAAAAAAAA